UCCCUUUCCUGUUCCAUUAUUUUUUUCUUUCUUCUUCUCGCUCUUAUGUCGUGUAUGGAUAUGGCUGAUAUUUUAUUUCAGAAAUCUCAGUGCGAAAAUGUCAUCUCCGUCGUCUCAGGAUUCCCCACCGCUUCCUACCCUCCCUCAAAAUUGGAUCCUCCAGCUAGGAUGCGGUUCUGUGACAGAGGACUUCUUGGCAGCUGUGGCCGCUUUUCCCAAUCCAGAUGACAAGAUUAGAAGCACAAGCUUUCAGAUUCAAGGAGGUGGAAACACUGGGAAUGCUUUAACAUGUGCAGCUCGUCUGGGUUUAAAACCAAGGCUGAUUUCGAAGGUCGCGGAUGAUGCUCGAGGGAGAGGAAUACUGGAGGAACUAGAAGCUGAUGGCAUAGAUACUUCGUUUCUUGUGGUCUCUAAGGAGGGCAAUUCACCAUUUACCUAUGUCAUUGUUGACAAGCAGACGAAAACUCGCACUUGUAUUCAUACUCCGGGAUUCCCUCCCAUGAUACCUGAUGACCUUUCCAAGUCAAGUUUGUUAUCUGCUUUGGAUGGAGUGAGACUCAUCUAUUUAGAUGGAAGAUUGCAUGAAACAGCUUUAGUUGUUGCACGGGAGGCAAAUUGCAGGAGUAUACCUAUCUUAAUUGAUGCAGAAAGAAAAAGGGAAGGGUUGGAUGAUCUCCUUAAAUUUUCAGAUUAUGUCGUCUGCUCAGCAAAAUUUCCACAGGCAUGGACUGAGGCGCCAUCUGUUCCAAGUGCACUUGUGGCAAUGCUCUUGAGGCUGCCAAAUGUAAAGUUUGUGAUUGUGACUUUAGGCGAAGAUGGUUGCAUAAUGCUUCAGAGAAGCGUAACUGAGGGUGAUCAGUCUGAAGAAAUGGACAUAGACAGUUUAUUAGAAUCACUGAAGCAGAGAAAUGAUAGUAACACAGUGAUCCCAACAUGCGUUUCAUCGGUAGUGACGAAAUUGAGAGCUCACGGGAUGGGGACAGUGAGUGGGAGGUUAUUUGUUGGAACAGCUGAGAAAAUACCAUCAUCAGAACUUGUCGAUACAACAGGUGCUGGAGAUGCUUUUAUCGGAGCAGUUCUUUAUGAGGAUUUUCAGUACGAUAUUGCAAAUACACUGCAUCAGCUAUUUGUGCCAGCAUGCAACCAGAAAAAAUGCUGCUAUUUGCCGCUCAAGUGGCAGCAGCUGGCUGUAGAGCUUUGGGAGCUCGAGCAGGUCUUCCGUAUCUCACUGAUCCACGCUUGGCCCCUUUUUUAUGAUUACUAUACCAACUUUAGCUCUAAUUUGGUGACUACUCCCUCCACAUUGUUGAGCAACAAACAUGGAAUCUCUGCUCUUCCAUUAGCAAUGAUGGUUUUAUACACACCCAAAAAAAAUUGUUAAUGAAUUUAGUCCGCCCAAAAUGUAUUUAGACUGUAUAUUAAUUUUUCUGUACUUAUGUCUGUGAUUUUUUUUAUAUUUUAUUUUAUUUUAUAUUUUUAAUAAUAUGCAUAUAGUAAUAGCAGUCCCUGGCUGUUGCCUCUGGUUGCUGGGGCUGCUUGACAAUUACAUUAUGUACACACGACCAAAUUUAUUAGGAUCUGGCUUCUCCAAGCCUAGUUGGGUCA